AAAUCUCAUGCAACUUCCAGGAAGAAGGGGAGUUUCACGUAUAAUCAAGAAAUCUACAGGAAACUCAUCCCAUUAUAUAUUUUGUUCCCUAGUUAUGGCAUACCUUCAAUGCUCACUCUUUCCUCGAACAACUGUUUCUGUCUUAAUCUGAUUCCAUUUUCUUAUAUAAUAAUUCUCUCUUCAUUUCUCCCAUUCCAACCAACUUAAUUAAUUCUUCUUCUUCUUCUUCCUCGUCUUUUCGUUAUAUUUUAAGUUUCUCGACCCGAAUCAUCCGACAUGGCGGCGCUAGAGCAACAUGCGGGGGUCGAAUUCGACGACCACUUUCCGUCCAUGAUGGAGCGAAUGGGAGCUGAGGGAUUCAUUAUGGAGUUAUGCAACGGGUUUCGAAUGCUGAUGGAUGGCGAAAAAGGUUUGAUUACUUUUGAAAGCUUGAAAAGAAACAGUAGUUUGUUGGGUCUGCAAAAUAUGAGAGAUGAUGAACUUGUUUGCAUGUUAAUGGAAGGUGAUUUGGAUGGAGAUGGUGCUAUUAAUCAGAUGGAAUUUUGUAUUCUCAUGAUUAGACUUAGUUCUGGUUUGAUGAUCGCUCCAAAACAAUGGAUGGAUUAUGGAUGUUGAAUUGAAGUUCUAUUACUAGCUCAUGUUAAAUUAAUUGUAAUGCUUACUAAUUAUGAUUAUCAUCUUCUUGUAAUUUCAUGUUGUCUUUUAUCUUGUUUCAGUAAUAAACCAACUUAUAAUGUAUUUAUGAAAUUACCUAAAAUGAAUCAUCAAUCAUUUGCAAUUUCA